AGAGAGAGAGAGAGAAAAAACAGAGAAACAGGGAGUGCAGUUAAAGAAGAAGAAGUAAACCGUGUGGGAGAAAGAUGAGGCAAUGAAGCACAAGAGGCCACAGAGAUAAAAUACUGUCUUGUAUAUGGUGUUUUGAAAGAAGGUACUUCUGUUGGCAGGAUUCACAGCAACAGUUGGCCAAAAGUCCUUUCAAAAGAUGCAUCGUGAAGAUUUGUCUGCCAGAGAAGAGUUCACCUACAGCCGCACGUCCACACUGGAGAGAGGCAAUGGGACACUCGGACGGCGGGGAGACAGGAGUCUGGAGAGAAGGCCAGACUGGGCGGAGAGGGAAAGGCCAGAGCGCAACAGCUAUGCAGUGGACGUGAGAGCCAGUGACCUGCAGCUGGCCCAGGUGGAGCCUCUAAAGCAUCCCUGCUUCAGCUACAGGGCCUGGCUCUACAGUGUCCUCAUAGGGGGGAGUCUGCUCAUCGCUUCUGGUUUCUCUCUGUACCUGGGAAAUGUGUUUCCUGUUGCCAUGGACUACUUGCGCUGCGCUGCAGGCUCAGGCAUCCCUGCAGCGAUAGCUAGCUUUGCUAUUGCCAAGAAAAGACAUGUUGCAGUGUCAGACUUUCAGGUUGUCUAUGUGUCAGCAUUUGCCGUGACGACCACCUGUCUUGUUUGGUUUGGUUGUAAACUGGUCUUGAAUCCUUCUGCUGUCAAUAUCAACUUUAACCUCAUCUUGAUGAUUGUGCUGGAGGUGUUGAUGGCCACCACCGUCAUACUGUCGGCCCGCUCUGCAGAUGACUGCUGCUGCCAUAGGAAGUCAUAUGACAGACCAGUGGUAAUAAAACCCGCAGUGUUCCCCACUCGACUUCUUAAAGCAUAUUCUGUGAUUGAAGUGAUUGUGGGAAUUUCUGCUGUAUUUGGGGGGAUUAUUGCCCUCAACAUGGAUGCUUUGCUUCCUGGUCCAUACUUAUCAGUCACAUUUUUCUGGAUCCUUGUAGCUUGUUUUCCAAGUGCAAUUGCCAGUCAUGUUGUGUCAGAAUACCCCAACAAAUGCCUGGUGGAGGUGCUGAUUGCCAUCAGCAGCGUGACAUCUCCUCUCCUCUUUUCAGCCUCGGGUUACCUUUCUAGCAGUGUGAUCAGUUUUAUAGAAAUUUUCCUCCAUGACGUGCCUACAGCUAAGCAAUCCUAUGACAUCCUGCUGUUGAUUCUGAUGGUGCUGCUGCUGGUGCAGGCAGUACUUACUUCCGCCACUGUGGUGCAUUGUGCAGCAUACAAGAGUCAGCUCCGCAUGGGGGCCCCAGAGUGCGAGGACAGCAUGCAGACUACAACUCAUUACAAUGAGCAGCAAACUCCCAAUGGGACUGUGCAGGAUUAUGAAAAAGACAGAACCUGGAAGGCAGUUUUGGUCCAAAUGGCCCAGUGAACAAUCCUGUCUUAUCUACAGAAGUCUGCCCAGCAGAAAUAUAGAAAUCAAGAAAAAGGAAGGAUAAAGCAAACUCCACAAGCAUGGGUAUAAAGAAGGAGAAAUGACAGAGGAAAACGGAGCUGAAAAAGACAGAAAAACUGACAGGUCUUCAAAGGCUUUUUUUUUUUUGGCAUAAAAAUGUGUAGGGCAUUUUCAUAUCCGUUUUAUGUAUUUUUCUACCAUUAAUUCAUGUUAAUUAUAUUUAGGAAUUACUUUAUCAGGAAAGAGUAAUUUUUAAAAACACAAAUAUUAAACAAUCAACUGGGGUAAUUAUCAGCAAUGUUUCAGUGGCUUAAGUCAUACAUACAUAGUUCGCACAUGUAGCAUUUUCUCACAUCAGAGGAUCAUUUUAUAUAUAUUUUGUUGCAUAAUUCUUUUAAAAGAUGUUUUCUAAUGUGAGUAUAUAUAUAUAUAUAUAUACAUAUAAAGUUUAUAUAUAAAGAUUUAGAUUUUUUUUAAUUUAGUUUAACAAACCCCAAGUUAUCUUAGACAUUUAGCAGUGCAGAUUUUGUUCUUCUUUGUCUUCGUGGUAAGCGGAUGUUGCAAAAUCUAUUACAAAGCAGCUGAUCUGUUACUGCAAACAUAAAGGAUUAUUGGAUGUAAAGAGAAAGGACUGAAAAGAUUAUUUUUUUUAAAAUAAAGCCUGUUUAGAGUUUA